AUGGCGAAGGGAAAGCCAAACGGGGUGCGAUAUCGUUAUCCACUGCCGAUACAUCCCAUUCAACUACCAAUUCUAGUGCCACACAACCCAGUCUCCUGUAUAUAUUGGGCUUACUGCUACGUAACGACUAUCAACAGAGUUACAAAGAUCCAUGUGGAUAUCACCAGUGGCAAAUAUGCUCACGUAUUGGUGCGAAAUGCUGAGCAAAUGAUGUACCUAUGGGAGAAUGGCUUCUUUGGCACAGGUCAGUUAUCUAGAAGUGAGCCAACCUGGAUAGAACGUACAGUGACCAGGAUCAACGAAAGUAUGGGGGACGGCUCUAAAAACUUGGCUUUAGAAAGGAUUACUGAAAAGAGAAGAUUGCAAAGAUUGGAGUUUAAGAGAAAGAGGGUGGAGUUCGAGAAGUAUAUAUUAGACUUGAGAAGGCAAGGUGGUAGCAUUGAACAAGAAACUGAAGUUCUAGAGAAACAGAGACAGGCGCUACGCGAUUUCAAGGCAUCACAGGAUAAAGAUAACUCUGAAGAAGAAAUAAUCCUUUACAAUGAGUCUGAGUCACUUUUCGACGAUGAAGGUGGGGUUCAACCGCUGGAAGCUUUGGAAUUGAUGCCUGUGGAAGCCAUUUUCCUUUCAUUUGCACUACCUGUACUCGAUAUAAGUAUUAAGACGCUUGCUGGCAGACUAUUUGACAAUGAUACUCUCUCUUACAAUACUCUGUACCCUCUCGUCAGACAAUAUGUGGCUUACCACCACUACCGGUCGCAUGGUUGGUGUGUGAGAUCCGGUAUCAAGUUUGGUUGCGAUUAUCUUCUCUACAAGCGUGGACCCCCAUUCCAGCAUGCUCAAUUCUGCAUCACGGUGCUGGAUAGCGAAGAAUACCACGACUACACAUGGUAUUCAAGUGCUGCACGGGUUGUAGGUGGGGCCAAGAAGACGUUGAUUUUGUGCUAUGUAGAAAGAAUGGCUUCAGAGGAACGGAUCGUUGAACUUUGGAAGAAUGGGCAGUUCGCUGAUGUGUUUUCCAGUUUCAAAAUUGGAGAGGUAAUCUACAGAAGAUGGGUCCCAGGUAAAAACAGAGACUAA